AUGGAUUUCAUGACCGACUUACUAAAGGCUGACCAUAACGAGAGCAUUGCUCUGAAACACGAGUUGGGGCGCAGCACUUUUUCACUGUCCAAAGCUUCCUCUAGAUCGUCGGAUGAUGACAAUGAAUUUUCAACGGCGAGCGUAAAGGCUGCUGCAACAUCCGUCUCGCUCUCUAUAUCUGUUGUGCCCGUGCCGAAGGUGAAACCCAAGCCAAAGGAGAUGGAGGAACCGAAGAAGAUGACGGCGAAAAGCCAAAGCCCAUCCGUGACUCCAUUUCCUCUGUCACAUAUCCCCCUGUCGUCUCCCAUCAGAUCUCCUGUGACUGCAUCCCCAAGUAUGCCUGCUACACAUCUGCUCGCUACCCAGACGCGUCCACGCACACUUCGCCGUGCCGUGCGUAGGAUAUCGUCCUGUUUUAUCUGGCGAGAGUGGGAUGGUGGUGCUUGGGAGACGCCCACACUCGCUCAUUCGUUCGCCAUUAUGCGUGAUAAUGCACGCUUGCACACUCCUUCGUUCUCCUCUUUAAGCGUUUCUUUAUCUCAUCAAUAUCGGUCUCUGCGACUCCUUGGAAUGGUUUUUUACGUAUGGGGGAAAUUCUCCAUUCAACGCACAGGAGAUUUCUCUCCGAUUCUCUCUCUUCCAACUGGCUAUUCGCUCCUUAAGCUCAUUGACGACCUUGUUCUAUCUAUUCGCCAGUAUAUCAUUUAA